AUGCAACCCAAAUCCUUCAUUAAUCGAAUGUCUCAAAAGAAGAAUGCCCUCGAAAAUGAGGCAGGAUCUCAGGCUAACCAGGCCACCGACGCCGCUCCCCUCUCGCUGUCGAGCAUGCUGUCGAGCAUUGCUUCGCGAAUGAGUGUGAGGGCGUUGUGUGGAACGGAAGAUCCCAUGACUUCCAUGUCGGCAAUCGCAUCACAGAUGCGCCUCGGAUUAGUCAACGUGGGAAGCACUCGGCAUGACACUUGCAAGACUCCCGAACCCGUGGCAGUCUGCGAGCCGCCAGAGUCUCCAUUGACGUCUGCGGCUCCAAGCACGCCGACGCUAAAGUCCGAGAGCGUUAGCUCUCGCGAUGGGGAGGAAGCCCCGCGCUCUCUCAAGAGAAAACGUCAACCGGCAAAGAUUCUCGCAACGCCCACGAGCUCAACCCGAACCACACCAGCUCACUCUCCCAAUGAGAUGGUGACGACUCCCGGCUCUUCUUAUGUGUCCAGAAGAAUCAGCACUUUGAAACUAGGUAGUCCCGUCGCUGAGCAGAGUCCCUGCCGCCCUCGACUGCGCUCCGAGGCGAGAAAGUUGAAGAAGGAAGUGGAAAAGACCAACGCAAGCCCUCGCUCCUCGCAAGCCGACGUUUCCAGUCUUCGAACUCAGCUGGACCGUGAAAAGCGAGAUAAUGACAAGAUCAAAGUCCACACCACCAGUGACAAGGAUGAACUUAAAGCGGUACGAGCAGAGUUGAACGCCUUGCAAUCCGAACUCGAAAGCCAGCGAUGCGAACGCUCUGCAUUAGAAGAAGAAGUUGCUGCCAUGCGUGCUGAGCUCAACGUUUUUCGCUCCGAGGUUCAAGGAGACUCGACAAAUGAUGCUACCAUCACCCCUGAGACUCGCACGGACGUGGACAGGAUCAUUCUUAUGAAUGAUAUGCUGCGUCGCGUCAUUCACGGCGAGCGAAUUCAUAAUCGGGAGAUGACUAGUAAGCUCAAUUCGGUUCGCGAGAAGGUUGGGCCCCUACUAGCCAAAGUAGACAACUUGGCAGACAUCGUCAACGAGAUGAGGGCCCACCUUAGUGCCCAUGAUGCUCCAAUUGAGCUCACCAUGGAUUUUGUGCGAAACUUCCACCAGUGGUGGGUGAACAGAUACAACGCACGUCGUGGGGAUGGUGGCUCAGCAGAGAAUGAUCUGCCCCAGGCUGAAGGUGUUUGA